GGAUAUUUGAAAAUAACGACUGCUUCGGUCAAGACGUAAUUUCCUAAAAUCAACGGCUGCCCGAUAAGACAUAUUGUGAAUAUCAUGGCGUCCAUUUCCGAUCCAAACAUCAGGGACGGGUUCACUCGUGCCAUGGAGGAGAUCCACAACAAACAGCUUCAAACAUAUGAGGAGAUAAUUGACAUGACUACAGACUUGUGCCAGUCCCAGAGACAAUUUGUAAAGUCUGCACAUGAUACUUGUUUAAAGAAAUGUAAGGAUGAUGAGAUGCUAUUUGAGACAAUACAGACAUUCAAAAAAGACUUGGUACAAAAUUAUGUGUCAUUGAAAGGGAAACAGCAUGCUAUCUCUGACAUGAUAGCCGAGAUUCAGCAGAAGGAGAUGCAGAAGGACGGCAUCAUCCAGAAGAUAGAGAAACUUAAAGAAGAACAAGCAAGGAGAAAAGAGUUAAUACACUCUCAAAAUAAAACAAACAAAGACAGACUGAGGAAUCUCCAGAAAGCCAGAGUUGUCUUUCAAGAUCAUUUAGGGAUGGAGAUAAGAGCCAUCCGUGGCAAAACACAAUUGGUUAAAAGUGAACUGCUGCAGUUUGUUUUCCGGAAUAUCAAACCCUCCGACCAGGACAUCCCCUAUGUUGUCACAAUGGGGAUUAAAGAAGAUGGGUCGUACCAAAUUGUGUCCAGUGACCCCGGGCUCGAGUGUUUGCCAGCCUUGGAAAGCCGGCUUCAGGAGAGCAAUAAGUUGGCAGCAUUCCUGGCAAAUGUCCGGAAGGAGUUUAUCUCUCAGGCUCGCUGAUGAAAAUGAAGAGAAUGGGAAUAUAAAAUGCCAUGCAAUGAAGUUCUUGCUGCAAUGUGGACUAAUGUAGUAAUCCUCAAAGUGGUGGCCAGCAGUUUAUUCUUUUAGCAAAUUGGAUUAGGAUAACAGAAAAUACUUUACAGAAUGAAUAGAAAAAAUUAUAAAUGAAUUAGUGUAUGCAGAAAUGUCCUGUAUCAUUAUUGAGCGUAGUCCAAUUACAGUUUAGUUGAUUCUGCUAAUUGGCGUGGUUUGAAACCAGGACGGGUGUUCUGGGGUCUCUAAAUCCUGAAAGGGUCCCUAGCUUACUGUAGAAGUUCUUCAGGAGCAAAUGUAAAUAUAUUCAAUAUUCAUUCACAUAUCUGGUAAACAGUUCAUUUAUUUUCUCAUGUCAUUACUCAGUUUAAAGUGGGUUGGGAUAAAGUUACAGUUUUAUUUAGCUGGGCUUUGUUUUUUACAAGUGUAAAUCAUAUGAAUAUUAAAAUAUUUAUGAGUUCA